CCUUGUAGUCGAAUGUUGUAACGGCUACAUUCUGUGCUUUUAAUUGCUCCGCUAUUUUCACAUCAAAUCUGAGCAAUCUCCAAAGCCACUGUUACACUUCCAAAUUUCAGACAAACCAGGAUUCAGUCACUAAAAUAUGGGCACCUAUAUGGUGAUUGAGCAUUUACAGUGUUCCAUGUCCAAAGAUCUGCUUUGCAAAUUUCCCGACAAUUCAGCAUUCGAUUUCGAUUAUACACAGAGUUCAAUUUGGUCUCCUUUGGUACCUCGACCGUUGUCGUCUUACCGGAGACUCAGCUCAGGUCUGUCGCAAAAGCUGUCGUACAAGGAUGUUUCAGUUGGCUGCAUUGGAGCAGCUAAUUUCAAGAAAGUGACAACAAAAAUCAAGAGGAAGUUGUCCAAUGCUGUUACAGAGAAUUUGAGGGAAUGUCACAGAUUGAAGAAGAGAAAGAAGAAGGCUUUUGAUUUCACUCGUUUACCAUCUUCAUCUAAACUCGCCUCCACUACUACAACCCCACGAAAGCAGUGGGGUAAGGUACUGAAAGCUGCUACCAAGCAUUUCAAGAAGAGGAAUAACAAGAAAGAUUCCACAGGUGAUAUUAAUUUUUGCAGAUCUUUGACUGAUAAUAGUCUUCUGCGAAGUUCUACAUAUCCAUAGUUUGUAUGCUGUUUCAAUUGAUUUUUGGUGGUUUUUUUUUUGGUUUGGGUUGGGGGUGGGGGGGGGGGGGGGGGGAAGAGAAUUUGUCUUGUUUCUUUGAAUCUUUCACAAAUUUAGUGUUUGUAAUACCUGAGUUUCCACUGUAAUCAGCAGAUGUGCUGCUGAAGAGUACACUUGUUGCAAAACAAGUGUUAUUCCUUUGUUGAAGUUAGUUUAAAUAAUGUAAUAGCAAUUCUACUAUGAUUGCUAGUAAAAAAUGGAGCUUACUGGCUCGGCCUUGUAACAGUAUGAUUUCUUAAAUGUUAAGUAUUUAUUGUGCUA